CAAUCGGCUCGUUCAAGUGCGAAUGUCUAAACAUGAACCAGCUGUCGGUUGUUACAAAAAAUGGACGAACUUGUACGGAAAUGUCGGCUGAAGAACGUUUACAGGCGGAUACGGAAGCAUCAAACUACUUGGCCAUCGGUGUGGGAGUUGGUGUGGCGGUACUAGUGCUGAUCAUUGUGAUUAUCAUCGUUACCGUUGUUGUAUUGAAGAGGAGAAGUGAGGAUAAGGAACUGCCAGGACUGAGUAUGGCGGACGGCAUACAGAUCACCCCGGUCGGUAUAGACGGUCAUCAUUACGAGAAUGUCCCUACACCCACAGAUGUUAACUACAUCACUGUGAUUGCAGAUCCCGUGGGCACCGUGAGAUCUAACCUCGUCACUGGCAACUACAACGACCUUUACUCCAAUAACAAAAUUAUCAAGUCCAAGAACAUCUACAACGACACCAGUUCCUCCAAUGCUGAUAAUAUCAGCCUAGAAUUGAAUGAGAAUUUAUGUAAAGUGGCAAUGAAACCACAAAACCGGGAAUUAGUGAUUCCUGAAGUUCGGAGAUCAAGGAGACCUUAUGAGACGUACUCUACCCAAGCGACGGUGGUGACACCUGGUGUUCGAUCAGACGACUACGAUACUUACAACAUGCUGUGGGACAAAAUCAAUAAGGACAUUGAGGCCAUCAAACCGACGCUGAAGUCACAUGGGAGUAAAGUAGUGGAGGUGUCACGGACCCUGAGUGGGGGAAGUAACUACGACCAUCUGGGUGAGAAGCCAGCGGGGGCGAUGUUACACGGCGACACAAGUGAUUAUAACCAUAUAUAUGACAGAUCUGGCCAGACAAGCUUCUGAGGGCAAGACGUAAACAGGGUGUGGGUGAGCCAGCCCAAACAUGUUCACCAUAUCUGGUUCAAAAUACAUGCAUGACCUUCACGAUAUCUAGCCUCGAAAUAUAACCUUCAAAAUACGACCUUCAAAAUAUUACCUUCACAAUAUCUGGCCUCAAAAUGUGCCCUUUACGAUGGCUGGUCUCAAAAUAUUACCUUCUCAAUACCUAGCCUCAAAAUAUAAUCAUCACAAAAUCUGGCCUCAAAAUAUGAACUUUCCGAUAACUGGCCUGAAAAUGUGACCUAAACGAUGUCGGGCCUCGAAGUAUGACUUUCACGAUAUCCGGCCUCCAAAUGUAACCUUUACGAUGUGUGACUUGAAAAAAAGACCUUCACAAUAUCUGGCCUCCAAAUAUGACCUUUACGAUGUCUGGCCUCAAGACAGGCCCAAACCUUUUACUUGGUGAUACAUGCAAAUAUCAUUAGUACUUCGUUAGUAAUUACAUAUGGAGUUGAAAAUGUUUUAAGUACCUGGUUUAAUGAAAAGUGUAUCGGGAUUUUAUAUCUUUGCUCAUGACAAGAAAUGUUAUGUAAUGUCUGACAAACAGGAACAUCAGGACACUUCACGCUGAACAAAUAUUAAUGUCACGACAGAAUGCGGUUCAUUGAAUCUUCCAGUGUGUAUACGUAAUUAUCACUGCAUGAGAUUAGCUGUCAGCACUUACUGCACAAAACAGGAAGGAUAC